AUGGAGAGUCUGCAGAGGUACACAUUGAAGGAAGUAGCGAAACAAAAUGGAACCGAUGGAAACAGAAUUUGGAUUGUGCUCCACGACAUGGUGUACGACGUGACAGAUUAUAUAAACAAGCACCCUGGAGGACCGGAAUUGGUCGAAGAAUAUGCGGGGCAAGAUGCAACCAGAGGAUUCGACGACUUUGGACAUUCUUCGGACGCGAAACGAUUGCUGAAGACUUUCCUCAUUGGCGAAUUAACUGACGUAAGUGUCUAA